CAGUGUACAGGGUAAACCAUUCCUGGAUAGUUACUUGCCUAUUAAUCUUUUCCCAUGUUAUGAUGUCUUGUCACAUGGAAGAACAUUCUGAGAGGCGCCAACUUCAUGAGUUAACUGUAAAGAGGAAAGACCUGAAGCGAUGUGACAAUGAUAACCGCGUAUGCGUCACUGACGAUAGUGACUGUGUCCCCAGAUCUCAUGUGUCUCAUGAAAGGGUGAAUAUAUCAUGCUUUUUUCUACUCACGGACUAUGCUCUGACUCCGUAUCCUCAAUGCCUUUGGAGUCAGGAAUAUAACAUCAAUGCAGAAAGCAUGCACUCUCUCAUUUUCAGUCAGACCACUCCGAUUUAUUCUUGUAUGGGAAUCUUCAGCUUUGGUGGACGAAUGAAUGUAACUUUAAAAAUUAAAAACAACAUGAACGGAAUGGAGUCAUGGUCAGAGCCCUACGAAGUGGCAGUACAAGAAGCAAUAAAAGCACCUUGUCCUACCAUCACAUCAGUCAAUGGCUCUGACAACUCACUGGAGGUGACAUGGGUGAUCAGCAAGUUGCACACUAGAUGUCGGGUCCGUUACCGAAUGGCCACUGACAAAUGGACUGAGAUCCCAGCCUAUGUUCUUGUGGAAAGUGCUGAAAAAGCUGUCUACAGGAUUGAAGGCCUCAAGCCUUUCAGCAGCUACAUCAUUGCCGUUUCCUGUAUUUUGUCAUUUGGUCACUGGAGUGACUGGAGCAUGGAGACAACUGGGACAACACUGGAGAGUGCACCCUCUAGACCGCCAGAUAUCUGUUAUCAUAUGGAGACGGUGAACAAACAAGGACCUCAUCACCUUAUGCUUAUGUGGAAGGCUCUUGAUGUUUAUGAUGCUCACGGACAUAUUCUUGGGUACCAAGUGAGCUACACACAAACAAAGCACCCCUUUCUGAGUGUGACCACUAACACCACAGAUCUGAAGGUGGUCCUUCUGGUGACCGAGGAUGAGUUGGAGGUCACAGUUGUGGCGUACAACAGUGCUGGUGGAUCUCCUUACUCUCAUCUAAAGAUUGACCUGAGUCUUCAUCAGACUCUACCCUCAGUGAGAAGACUUUGGGUGAAUUCUGAAGAUGACAGGCUAGUGCUUCAUUGGGAUGUGGGACACAUAUCCCUGCCAGUUAGUGAGGUUGCCAAUGAGUGGGCCACUGAUGCUGCACAUCCCACAUCCAGUCACUGGAAACGAGUGAAUGGCUCCACCAGAUCAACAGUCUUGAAAGACCAUCUUCAGCCUGGGACAACAUACAGAAUCAAUGUUUACCCCAUAUCAAAUCAACUGUGUGGGCCACCCAAGUCAAUCUUUGCCAACCUAGAGUACGGAACGCUUUUAGGUGCAGUCGGAAUGCACGUUGUGGAUGUGACUAAAAACACAGUGACUGUACAGUGGGAGUGGCAGAGAAAGGAGGUUCACCCCAAGGUUCUCAGAUACAGAGUGAUACUGCGCCUGGGGGAGAUACAGGUCGAAUCUAUCCCUGUCUGGCCAGAGGUAUGGCAGCACACAUUCUUCAAACUCCGCGCAAACACAGGCUAUUCUGUUAAUUUACUGGCGGAGACUUCUAAUGACAACAUUUCAAGAGAAAUUAUUCCGAUUAAAACACAUAUUUUUGAACAUAAUGAAAUAAUGUUAAUAAUCGUCCUGCUUACUCUUGGCCUUGGAGUUUUCUUGAUCUUAUCCAGAACUGUCUACAAAACAUAUUUCUUUCCAAAUAUUGCUAACCCUGGGGCCAGUGUUGUUGGACGAUGGCUUUUGGAGUCACACCAUGAGAAAAACCGUGUGAAGAAUGUACUGAAGCUGGAGGAGUUCUUAGUCACUGAUCUCUCAGGAGAAAACGGCUUUGUUGAGCUGGGGCAAGAAAGGCCACCUGUGAGAGAGGAUGGGAUUUUUAACCCUGGUUCAUCUCACAGUACCCUCAAUAUAAAACAUAUUUUUAUUCCGCAAAAUACAGAAUUCAUUGAAAAUACUUCUAAAAGUAACAGAGAGAACAGGGAUUCCUCCCUGAUGUUUAACAAUGUUGCCCACAUAGAGAAUGGCCAGGGUAUACAUGUAGAAAAUUGCCAGGGUAGCUUACUUCCAGAAAGCACCCAAAUACAGUGCAAUUUUGACUAUAUAAAGAACAAGCAUACUCUUGAAAAAUAGCAUUUUUAGAGAACACCCAAAGCAAUGUUGAGUAAAUUGAAAACACUUUUUCUCAGCAAUAAAAUGCUCAAUAUGGAUCGUCUUCAAUGAAUGCCUUUUUAAUAUUCUCAAUAAACAAACCUAGAUUUUACAUUUACAUUUUGUAAAUGUAAACCAUUAAGUGCUACUGUUCUUCAUAAUGUUACAGGCGUUGUUUUUUCCACUUAUGUUUUGAGGUGGGACUUUAGCAGGUAUAGCUUGUUAGCACAUAGGGCGCACCGAUUGGUGUCACCUCGUUAGUCAGUAUGUGUUAAACCUGUGCCGACCUAGUGCUCUUGAGAGAUGUGGAGGGUUAACACUUUUAUUCGGCGCUCCUUCUUUUUGAUUUCUAGGCAAACAGUCCUUUAUCUGAUCAUCCCUGUUUUCGUUUUGCUCCACUUUUUGGUUUGCUUCCUGUAUAAGUUUGGUGUGGGUUUUUUUGCCUCUUCUCUUUUUUGCAAAUUUAGUGGGCUCUUGUGGUGGAUGUCUUUAUUAAGGUUCCACGUGUUGUUACUUGUCAACUUUCAGUGGGCACCCCCACGUCUUUCAGAGCUCCCCCUAAAACCCCACUUGUUUCAUUUUAGUUCUUGUCAGUGACUCUUUAGUUCCCCCUUCUGUUAGAGCGACAUUUUAGGUUUUCUUGCUGGGGAACUUAAUUAACAAUGUAUACAGUAUUUGUUCUGCUGUAAAAUAUAUUGUACAUAUAUUUUUACAUUUUAUAUUAAACUUCAACCCUAUCCCAUGUCAUUUUAUGGGUUAACUAUAUGGGUAAA